AUGAGCAUUAGCAUAAUUGAAGAUUUUGCAGAUUAGCUUUAUCAAGAUUAAAUUUAGAACUCGAAAUAAUAAAACUCAGCAGUUCUUUUUCAGAUAAAUUAGCAAGCCUAAAAAAUUGCUUGGCAAAUAAAUCUGAUUAAUUAGUUUUUUGGAAAAGAGAUUCUUAACCAAGUUGGAAAGAAUAAAAAAUACAUUCCUGCAAUUCACAAUAUAGAUAGAACAUACACUAAUUAAGAAAAUAAAGCAGUUCUUGCACUUUUUAAGAAGAACCCAAUUUAUACAAGUGUUUGGCAUUAAGUUAAUAAAGCUCACUUAGAAGAUUUAGACUAAAAGUAAUUAGAACAAGUGUACCAUUCAACACAUUUAGAUUAUAUUUGGAAAACUAUCAAAUAUGAUAACUCCAAAGAAGGUUCUAGAUGGUUAUAGAUUGGAGCAAUUUAUUUAGGGUUUUCUUAUGAUGGGAUGAUGUAUGUAACGAGUAACAAUACUACUUAUGCAGCCUACUAAAUUCCUCCUGGAUGCCCUUACAUUGGACCAUAUAGGCUGGAUAUUAGAUGUAGAUACUACUAUUAACCCACUAUUGAUAACAUUUCAACAGUAAUAUUUUCUCCUUAGCUAAAUUUUGGAUUUGGAACUUAUUAUUUUGCCAGUAAUUUUUGCUAAAGGACUAUGAGGUACGCAACUUCAGAUCCUAAUUCUUCAAGUGGUCCUUAUUGCGUGCUGUGUAUCACAUUAAGCUUAUCUGUAAUACCAGCGUAUUUCAACAAUUUUAGUUCUAAUUCUAAAUAUUAAAUGCUGCUAGAUCCACUAUAACUAACAGUAGUUUAUAGCUCUUUGUCAUCAGUGCAACAAUCUCAAUCAAUUACUGUUUAACAAAUAGAGACUUAAUACUUGCAAGAUUAAACACAAUCAUAAAUAUUCUUAGAAAAUGUUAGCCCAUACAAAAACUACAUUCUGUAAAGUAGUGAUCAAAUAGAUAUACUUACUCCUUAUCAGAAUACUCAAAAAACAUUUGAAUAUAAUAGAAACGGUACAGACUGUUUUGCUAUUUUAAAUAUUGUAACUCUUGUAGAUAAAGUACCAAAAUUUGAAACUUUAAAAUCAAUUAAUCCUGCUAAAAAAUUUCAAUUGAAAAGCGUUUACCUAUUUUUAGAUGUUCUUUCUAAACAAAAUAUGCAAAUUUAUGCAAAAAAUCUAGAAGAAAUAAUUCUUUAUUAUAAUUAACUUUUUACUUACAUAAGCUGGGGUUUAAUUAUAAUCAUUUUAAUUGUUCAAAUUUAUUAUUCUAUCUAGCUUGGAUCAUUCCUUUUGUAACCUGUUAUUCACCUAACUUAUAUACUCAAGUAGAUAAAAUUUAUGAAUCAAAAAUAAAUGCAAUAAGAUAAAGUAGUUCAAACUAAUGAAAAAAGCUUUAAAUUAGUAGAGUCACAAACCAGUUUUACAACGACAGAGAAUCAUACUCAGUAGGAUCAAGUAGUUAUAGAUGAAUAGAUUGAUGCAGACUUUUAGGGCUUGUGCUAUUCUAGUGAUACAUAAGAGCUUUUAGAUAGUUUUUAAAAUCUAUUUAAAAUUUUAAGGUUUACAACUUAAAACUUUUAUAAUGAGAAUGAGAGUAUAUCUUUAUUAAAUCUAAAUAUUUAGAUUUAACAUUUCAAAUAAUUUGGUAACCAAAGAGCGCUAGGAGUAUGUUAUAAUAAUAUGGGUGUUAUUCAUUACAAUUGUGGAAGAUUUCUGGAAGCUCUACAAAAUUUCUAAAAAGCAAUAAUUUGUGCUAAAUAUGAAUUAGAAAUUUAUUCAUAAGAUAAAAACGAAAAAAAUAUUGAAGACAAUAUAAAAAGACAAACAGUGCAUCUUAGAAAUACAGUUUCUUAAAGAAUAUCAUUUUAAGGCAACAGAGAUAUGAGCAAGCAGGCUUUAUAACAUUUAGAAAGAUCAAAAGCUAAAAGUUAUUUUAAUGAGAAUUAUCAACUCCACUUAGAAAUAGAGUAGCUUUAUUGGAAUUUAUUUAACAGAAGUUCUAAUUAUUAUGAUUCCUUGUUUUAAUAUUCAUAAUAAUUCGAUAAUUAUUUAUUGGAUAUGUAUGAAGAUUUAGUUAUAGAGAAUAUGAGUUUGAGCUAACUUUAUCUUCCUCCAUCUUUAAAGAGAGAUUUUAUAAAUUAUUAUGCCUUAUCAAAAGGAAAGCUUUAUAAAAAUUAAAUAAAGGAAGUUGAUAGUAUUAUGAAUAAAUUAAAUUUUCUAUAUUUGCAAAACUUUGAAAAUAAAUAGAGUAUAGGGUUGAAAAGUCUUUAUUAAUCUUGUUUGCUUAAUUAAUCAAAUAUGGAUGAAAACGAUCAUAAAAUUACUAAGGAUAAAAAAUAAAUAGAAAUAAAGGUAGACAAUAUGAAUGAAUCAGUGAUUUUGAUGGCACCUGUUUAAAAAAUAAGAGAUAAAAAUCAGUCUUAAAUUAUUAGCAAUUACCUAAAAAAUAGAGUUGAAGAUAUUAUUUUAUAAAAAAGAAAUACUAUUUCUUAAUCAAGAAAUCCAGCUUAAAUUCAAAGAUAGCAAACUCUAAAUAUGGCCUAUGAUAUGUAAGAAUCAGUCAAAUAUGAUGAUUAAAAUCAAAAAGAAACUGCUUAAAACUAUCUAAGUUAAAAUGAUUAAUUAAAUUAGUUUCAACAUAAAGAAAAAACUUAAAUAAAAAGCUAAUUUAAUAAAGCUCAUCAAUAACCAAAAAACUCUCCUGUUUUUAAACAAUAAAAUGAAGUUUUUACUUUUUAAUACUCACAAAGAGAGAAAAAUUUUUCUUAAACCCUAUUUAGCCCUAAAAGUUCAAAUAGAGAUCCUUUGCUAAAAUCUAAAAACACCAAUAAAGAAUUAAUUGAGAAUAGUGUGUAGAAUAUUACUGCUUUGAAUUGUAAUUAUAGCACUAAGUAAAAUUUCUCUAAGAUUCUAUUUAAAUAAAAGCACAACAUUCCUAGCUUCUUAAGAAAGAAUAAGCCAAUUUUUUAUCAAGUCAGGAAGAUUCAAAAAGUUGAUAAGUUAAGCAUUUAUAACUUCAGUUCUGAUAUUUAUUUCUAGUUUUGUGCAAUUUAGUAAGCUUAAUUUUAAAUUAAGCAACAAAACUAUCAGAAUGCAGCUUAUAUUCUGACAAACGCUUUAGAAAAAUGCUUUUAUUAUCUUCCGUAUUUAAAAAAGACACAAUUAAAAAUUCUAAGAGAAAUAUUUGAGUAAAAUUAAAUAAAAAGCUAAGACUUGCAAGAGACUUAUUGCAAAUAUAAAUUUUUAACUCGCUGUAAUUUUAAUGUGUGUAUGAUAUCAGUUUGUCGUAGUCAUUCAAUUAAAAAAAGACUAUUUGCUUUAUCCUAUGAUCUCAUUAAUGAGAUACUAUUCAAAGGAAGUGAUAGCUUUGGAUUAAUUUAAUACUCAUUUAAAGAAAAAAUAUUCCAUUAAAUUGCCAAUUUAACAGGAAUCAAAUCAGUUAAAUCGAACCUAAAUCUCUUUGAAGAUAUUUUAUUCUAAAUAUUUUCAAAUAGGAAGCAUUCAAAACAAAAUUAGUAAAUGUUUAGCAUGGAACAGUAAAAUUUUUAACUAUAAGAUAGUUAGAUUAAGCAAAACUAUAAAGAAUAGUAGACUCUCAGCCCUAAUAACAAAACAGUUAUUUAAGAAUCCUUGAAUGCAUCUUACUAAAAUUCAACAACUAAUUUCUAACAUACCUUCCAUAAAAAUUAAUUAAAUAAAGAUUUGAUAUAACAUAAUGUAACUCCUUAAAAUUCUAAAUUUGAGUAUUAGAAAUUUUUAUUCAAUAUGAAUAACUAAAACGACGGUUAAACAGAAGAAAAGUUGAUGAAUAAUUAUUCUUAAUAAUCUUCGUUAUCAUCAUUUGACUCCACCCUUUAGCAAGAUGUAGCUUAAAGCCCUCAUAAUAACUAUAACAUUUAGAGUUAAGUAGAUACACCAGAAUAAAUUUUGCAAAGUUAUAAUAUGCAAAAUUAUAUCUAAACAAAUAAAUUCAAUAACUCAAAUACAACCGAAUAAGAAAAAUUAAAUAUUUUAAACUCUUAAGAAAAUUCAUUUUAUUAAACUUAAAAAAUAUUUUAAAAUUCUUUAAAUAAUUAUAAUAUGAAUUAAAGCAUAUCUAAAAAUGAAGGUUAACAAUCGCCAUAUUCAAAUCAAUAAAAUUAGAAAAAUUUAAGGAUUUUUGAUGAAGUCAAAGAAAAAAAUACCUUCACUCCAACCCAAGAAUAAAUCUUUCAUUAAGGUGUAAAUAGUUGUUUGAAGUAAUUUAUUCUAAAUACAGAUGAAAAAUUAGCAAUUUAUGUUGCACAAAAUAAAUCAAACAAAAACAAACCAAAACAAUUAUAAUAAAAUUAUACCUUCUUAAUAUACUUCACAGAUCAGUAAUUGCAUUUUUAGAACAGCUUUUUACUAAACGAAUUAUGUUUGUUGCUUAGCAAUUUAUAAAUAGAAUUGCUUGUCUUAGUUUUAAAUGAGUAAUAAAAUUAAUAAGAAUUCAUUGAUUUUCAAAAUUAUAUUUAAAAUGGAAGAUCUGUUAUCACAUUUUUUUAGUCUGAAGAAAAGCUCUUACAAUAUAUAUAUAAUAAUAGAGAGCAUGUUAAAAAUUACUACACUCCACUAGUCGUAGAGCAUUUUUGA